CUCCAUAACUUUCUCCCUUCUUCUCAAGGUCUUACAACAUGAAUUAAGCCUUCCAUCCUCUUCAAACCACUCAUAUAUAAAGAACAAUAGAUUUGGAUUUAGAUCUCAAGAGGAUGCCUCUGACACACACGAAUAUGUUCAAAGGCUGGGGAUUGCUUUGAGUUCUUAUUAUGCUCUCUCUCUCUCUCUCUCUCUCUCUUAUAUAACAAGUUUUUGUGUCUUCAAAAAUGGCUACCGUUCUCCCAAGAGCAACUUUUGGUUCUGUCGUUUAUUCGUAUUUCCUACGUUGUUUUGGGAAUUCCCAUAAUCAUCACAAAAGCUUCAAUCGUAUCAUCUUCAACAUGCCAAAGCCAAAACCCCUUUCCUUGCAGACUGUUGAGCUAAAAGUCAGGAUGUGCUGCAGUGGUUGUGAACGAGUGGUUAAAGAUGCGAUCUACAAACUUAGAGGGGUUGACUCGGUCGAGGUGAAUUUGGAGCUAGAGAAAGUGACGGUGAUUGGGUAUGUCGAUCGGAACAAGGUGUUGAAGGUGGUUCGAAGGGCGGGGAAGAGGGCGGAGUUUUGGCCUUACCCAGAGCCACCGCUAUACUUCACAUCAGCGACUGACUACUUUAAAGAUACAACUCGUGAGUUUAAAGAGAGCUAUAACUAUUACAAGCAUGGCUAUAAUGUCGGAGAGAAGCACGGAGCGAUGCCAAUGUCUCUUCGGGGCGAUGACAAAGUGAGCAACAUGUUCAAUGAUGACAAUGUGGAUGCUUGUCAUGUCAUGUAA